ACCAUUUUUGUUUGGAUUUUUUGUUUGAUGAGCAGAGAAACAUAAUUAACACAUGAAAACAUGUUCAAUGGCAUGGUGAGGACCAUACGGGACUCCGUUGUGGGGACAUAUCCAUCUUGCCAUGUCAAUACUCGUCUUGAAGAACGCAGAGCGAAGGCUAGAGCGCAGAGGCAGGAACGAAGGCGAAAGCCAGAUAAGCCCGACGAUUUUGUCACCUACGAAGAUUCAGGCAGUGACGAGGAGACUCCCCAGCAGCAGGACGAGGUGCUCAAUACAUCCUACAAUUUGUGCGACUAUCUGCGUAGUCGAGAAAGUGCGCUGCAGGAUCGUCGGAACGUGAAUGUGGAAUACACGAGUCGUUAUGUGUUAACCCAUGACAUGCUGCGCGAAACGCAAAUAAACCUCGGCUACAUAAACAAGGUUUUUUGUUCGAAGUGGCUGAGUAAUCGUCAGGUGGUGUUUGGCACGAAAUGCAACAAACUACUCGUCUAUGACGUGAACAUGCGAAGAGUGGACGCGAUACCAACACUGUCCAAUAAUCGAGCCAAUCACCCCGAGACACAGAGCGGCCUGCAUGCCAUCGAGAUCAAUCCGAGUCGCUCGUUUCUGGCCACUGGUGCACGGAAUUCCUCGGACAUCGCUGUUUAUCGUUUGCCCACUCUCGACCCUGUUUGCGUGGGCGAGAACGGCCAUCGCGACUUAAUAAUGGGCAUGUGCUGGCUAGACGAUCAAUUCCUAGUUUCUGGCUCGAAAGAUUCACGUAUGGCUCUGUGGCGCAUUAAUGAGGACCACAUGGACUUUCCUGAUGGUGGUGAGGAGGCGUGUCCUACCUUUGCGACCAUACAAGCGCUGAGCGUGAAGGAGGUGCGCACGGCACAGCGGAUACGUUCACUAUGCUUCAAUAAGGAAUUUAAGGAAAUUGCAGCACUUUCGCUAAAUGGUUACAUUCACAUCUUCAAUGCGGAAACCUUCAAGCAGACCCUCUCCCGCAAGCUGCCAAACUGCCAGGAUAAUGUAAGCAUUGCCUAUCAUAGCGAUGGGCUCUAUGCUGUCGGCUGUCGUUCCUAUACCAUUUUGUUGGAUGCACGCACUCUGCAAACCAUCAAAAAGAUCACUUCACGAUACAGCGGUUGUGGCAUCCGAGCCACUUCCUUUGAGGGUAAUCUACUGACUGUUGGCACAGGCCUGGGCAUGUUACUUUUCUACGACAUACGGGCCGGCAAGUAUUUGGAAAGCAGUGUAAAUGCUUCGCGCACCGUCGCCCUCAAGUGCAGUAAGGGUAUUGUGUAUCCGGAGGACGAAAUGGACGGUUUCCAGCAGGUGAAAUAUGUGCCCGCGAUCUAUACUCACUGCUAUGAUAGCACACGGAUGCGUUUGUUUGCCGCUGGAGGUCCUUUGCCGGCUACAUUGGUGGGAAAUUAUGCGGGCGUUUGGCAAUAGGUUUGCAGCAUCAUGGACUAACUACUGAUUAGUAUUUAAGCAAAGCGAUUUCGUUUUCUUCUUCUCAUUUGCCCAUAAACAUUAAAUUCAGUUAUAAACGCCAGAGUCGUCGUUGUCGUCUGUUGUUGGGGGCUCCCAUUGUGAUUUUGAAUUUUUGCUAUAAUUUCGAUUUUUAGUGUUUUAAGCAUAAGGUAUUUGUGUUUACAAUGUAUUUAGUUGAAUAUACAUUUUAUUGAAUGCACGCAUAAUGAUUAGCCAAUUAACGAAUCCUAUUUAUAAAUACAUUUACUGCAAUUUAAGUAUAUGGUAGCAUUGAUUAUUUAUAGUCUGAUCUAUAUGAUAAUAGAAAAUAAAGAAACUAUUGCAAAAUAAA